GGAGUACUGUAAAAAGCAAACAGCAGUAGCACGAAAUAGGCCUCCUCUCCUGGGAGAAAGAGAGCGAGAGAGAAAGAGGGAGCGGGCGGCUUUGGCGAGAAAAGGGGGCCAUGCCUUCCUCGGCGGAGAUGGAUUUGAUCACUGCCAAGCCACCCACGAAGGGAAGGAGUGCUGCGUAUCUUAUGUGCUGGCUUUUGGGACUUGGAUCUUUGUUUACUUGGAACAGUAUGCUCACAGUCAUGGAUUACUACUCCCACGUCUUCCCGGACUAUCAUCCUUCGCGUGUUCUUACGCUCGUCUAUCAGCCUUUUGCUUUCAUCACAGUGGGAAUUCUCACAUACUACGAGGCUAAAGUCGAUACGCGAUUCAGGAUCUUGUUUGGUUUUUCGGUGUUCUUCGUAUCGUCGACGCUCGUCCCUAUUCUGGACUUGGCAACCUCCGGCCAUGGAGGCAUCGGACCUUACAUUGGAGUGUGCGUCUUGAGCGCUUGCUUCGGCCUUGCCGAUGCAUUCGUUCAAGGUGGCAUUGUUGGAGACUUAUCUUACAUGCAUCCAAACUUCCUCCAGUCAUUCUCAGCAGGACUCGCUGCUUCUGGUGCUGCUACCUCAAGCCUACGAUUGAUCACCAAAGCUUCGUUUCCAGACACGAAAGUUGGACUUCGCAAAGGAGCUCUGACUUUCUUUUUCAUCUCGGCUUUCUUCGAGCUCCUGUGCUUGAUCCUCUACGCCGUGGUUUUCCCAAAGCUUGAGAUGGUCAAACACUACCGGAAAACUGCGGCUUUGGAAGGUGCCACCACAGUAAACGCUGAUCUUGCUGCAGCCGGAGUCGUCGUCACUGAUCUCGAAAAGGACUCUGAAAAAGGAAACACCAGGCUUUCUAGCCUCGCUCUUCUCUCACAAAAUGUCGACUACGCAUUUGAUGUGUUCGCCAUUUACGUUUUAACUCUAUCGAUCUUCCCGGGAUUUCUAGCCGAGGAUACGGGAUCACACAGCCUGGGAUCAUGGUACGUUGUUGUUCUAAUUACGAUGUAUAACUUGGGAGACUUGGUUGGAAGAUAUCUUCCUUUGAUCAAAGCCAUCAAGAUCAAGUCGAGAGUGGGAAUUUUGGCGGCCGUGGUGGCGAGGUUUGCUUUUAUACCUGCCUUUUAUCUCACGGCCAAGUAUGGUGACCAAGGAUGGAUGCUCAUGCUGUGCAUUCUCCUCGGAAUCACCAAUGGACACCUGACUGUUUGUGUUCUUGUUGAGGCCCCCAGAGGCUACAAGGGACCGGAGCAAAAUGCUAUUGGAAACAUUCUUGUGUUUUUUCUACUUGGAGGAAUUUUUGCGGGUGUAACCCUUGACUGGCUGUGGCUAAUUGGGAAGGGCUGGUGACACUAAUUCAAUUAUAUAUGUACAUACUGUAUACAUUAAAAUCAGUCCCAAAUGAGUCCAUAUAGCCAAGGUAAUAUAUGUAUAUACAUAUACAAACUUUACAAUUGAUCGUUUCCAAUUUA